AUGCCCGAGUACACAUUAUUGGCUGAUAAUAUAAGGGAGAAUAUUGCCCAUUUCGAUCCACAUGACUUAUUUGAAAACUUGCACACCAUUGUCCAUGAAGAUGACAAUCAAGAGAACGAGGAAGCUGAGCAUUUCAAUUAUGAUCAAGUGCUGGAUAAGUCCUUACUGUCAAGAAGUUCUAUUGUGGGCCUUGGUUUAGGUUUAAUGAGUCCGGUAUUAGGAAUGUGCACAAGCAUGGCUAUUGGACUAAUCAACGGUGGCCCAUUAACUAUAAUGCUGGGAUUCCUAAUAAGUGGGGUGUGCAUAUGGUUCUCUUCUCUUUCACUCGGGGAGAUUGUGUCUAAAUUUCCAAUGGAACUGCAUGUCGGGAGUGCCAUGUUAGCGCCAGAGAAACUCAAGCUGGCAUGCUCCUGGUACACAGGGUGGUUGAUGCUUAUAGGGAAUUGGACGAUGAGCACGAGUAUCACUUUUGCAGGUGCUCAACUAACUAUUUCUCUGAUUUUGAUGACAAACUCAGAUCUUAUAUCCGAAUCACAUUUGAUAUUUUACACAGUCAUUGUAUUCUAUUUAGUGGUGACCAUUGUAGGCUUCGUGAAUUUGAAGUUUGCAAGAUUCAUUGAAACAAUAAACAAAGUAUGCGUUUAUUGGAUCAUAUAUGCUAUCAUAUUUAUUGAUAUUCUCUUACUAAUAUUUCACAAAGGAAAAUUUAGAUCUUUGAAGUACGCACUAUUUCAUUUUGACAAUGGUCUAUCGGGAUACAAAAGUGCAUUUCUUUCGUUCAUUAUUGGCUUCCAACAAUCCAACUUUACUCUACAAGGUUUCAGUAUGCUACCUGCUUUAGCAGAUGAAGUCAAGGUCCCUGAAAGGGAUAUUCCCCGUGGUAUGUCGAAUGCCGUAUUACUAUCUGCAUUUUCUGGGGUUAUUUUCCUCAUACCAAUAAUGCUAAUCCUUCCUGAUAAUGAUUUACUCUUUACAAAUCAUAAAGUUCUUCCAAUUGUGAACAUUUUUACAAAAUCAACCGAUUCGGUGGUUCUAUCAUUCUUCUUAGUGCUCCUGAUCUUAGGUAAUUUGUUGUUUUCUGGAAUUGGUUCAAUUACCACAUCUUCCCGUGCUGUUUAUAGUUUUAGUCGUGACCGUGCUAUACCGCAUUAUGAUAAAUGGACGUAUGUGGAGCCGGAUUCUCAAUCAAAAGUCCCAAAGAAUUCUAUCAUAUUGAGUAUGGUAAUAUCAUAUUUCCUUGGACUGUUAGCAUUGAUUUCUACAGCUGCGUUUAAUGCCUUCAUAGGAGCCGCGGUAUUGUGUCUCUGUUCGGCAACUUUCAUUCCUUUGGUUUUAGUACUGUUUACCAGAAGAAGGGCCAUUCGGAGUGCACCUGUGAAGAUUAGAUAUAAAUUCGGUUGGUUUAUCAACAUUAUUUCUAUUGCCUGGCUAUUAUUAUCUAUGGUUUCCGUUUGUCUGCCAACGCAGGUUCCCGUGACUUUCAAAACGAUGAAUUACGCUUUGAUGGUUUACAUAUUUUGUAUCCUGGCGAUCACUGGUCUCUAUUUCAAGUGGGGGAAGUAUAAUUUUAGGUUGCCUUUAGCUGAUGACAUCAAGGCACCGAUUCCGAGUGAUCCGGAAGAAACAGUUUUUGAGUUAGAUGAUAGUAAUGUUGAGCAUACCAUGAGCUCUGAGGUCACAAUGCAAGGCUCUACACGGGGCAAAUCAGAAGAGAGUUUAGGGAAACCUUAUCUACAGGACAAUUUUGAAAAUCCAUUUGAAGAGAAUGAGGAAAACGUGAUAACUGAUGAUGAUAGUGGUGAGCAGCACGUACAGGAACAGGGAUUCGAUCUCGCUGAUGAUCGCAGGCACGAUAUAUGA